UAGCCAGUGACAGUGAGCAGUAGUCUUCUUAGCUUCUCUAAGGUUUUUUUUUGCUUUCAAAACUUGGCAAACGAAACUGUAUAAGCAGAGUAGGAAUCUAUAAUGUCAGAUUCAGACUCUGAUGCUCCUGUUGACGGUGAAGAAGAGGAGGAUUUAGAAUGUGCUGGGCCUUUAUUACCAGCGGGUGUACGAAAACGACGUCACGCAAUUCACAACUAUUUUACGUAUAACAAGAAAUCCAAGAAGAGCAAGUGUAAAACUGGGGAUUGUGGAGUUGAAUUAUCUGGCAAGAAUACAACCAAUUUGAUAAAUCACUUAAAGAAACCUUCCCACAAAAAAGAUUAUGCUAUAUAUUUGCAAGAUGUAGCACUAUCAGACAAGCAGCAAACAUCAAACUGUAAAGGAUACAUGGCUUAUCAAGGUGCUGGUCAUAGUGGAAAUGAAGAAAGCCCUUCCAAAGAAGAUGCUUCUUCUGACGGGCCACCCAGAAAAAAAGGAAGAAAGCACAGAGAAAAAGUUUCUUGGGUGUGGCAAUAUUUUAUAGAAGAAGGAAAUUUUGCUAUCUGUCAAUUCUGUGAAGCCUCUUUAUCAACAGCCAGCACUACAACUUUGAAAUAUCACCUGAAUCAUCUACACAAAGACUUGAUAGCUGAAGGAGAACCAAAUUUGAAUCAACCAAAACCUAGACUUCAGGUUGUAUCAAUUCCUAGCAAGUCACCUUUGAAGAAUUCAGUUAAUGUAACCAAGAAUCCACCUUUACCUAAACAUUUUCUCAAAGAAACCACAGCCCUGAUUUCCAAAAUGCUGGGUAAACCUUCAUCAAAUAUCCGUGUAGUCCAAUUGAUACAAGAUGACGAAGCUGGCAAUAUCGAAAACCGUCGGAAAAAACAUAGCCCUUCAUCAAAAGACUAUAGCAGUGCCGUAUCGUCCAACAGGAAUAAAACAAAGAAGCAUAGAGAAAAGGUUUCAUGGGUAUGGCAACAUUUUCGCAAAGAAGGAAACAUGGCUACUUGUGAAUUUUGCCAAGCCUCAUUGUCAGCAGCCAGCACCACUACCCUGAAGUAUCAUUUGAACCAUCUUCACAAGGACUUGCUAACAAAUGAAACAUCAUCAAACAUGGAUUCAACAAAUCCAGCAUCUCAAACAGAAAUAAUCGAAAUUGAGCCGGAAAUAAUUAUGGUUCCAGAAAUCGCAAAGAUGCCGCAUUUGAAAAUUACCACAAACAUUUCAAAGAGCUCGGUUCCAAGUGAUUUUUUAGACGAAACCUCCGCGCUACUUUCAAAAAUGCUGGACAAACCCGAAAAUUGCUCUAUAGUGACAGUUGUUCCAGAGCGAUUGAUGCUCUGGGGAGGAGAAAAAGGACCGUGUGCUAUCGCCCGUCUAAGAGGUGUUGGAAAACUAGGGGAUACUGAUAACGCUAAUUUAAAGGUGCAGUUGAGUGAACACAUUGAAAAAUUCUUGGGUGUACCUCCCAGUCGAAUGUUGAUUCAUAAUGACAUAAACACUGCUUAUUUUUGAUAAAA